AUGGAUCAUGAAAAAGGUGCAUUUAGUGGAAUCUCCGCAUCUCUUCAAGAUGAGCUCGAGCUGCAGCAUGCCGAUCUUCUACUUUACACGUGUUGUUUGACAUCGGGGCUUAUGGAUAGCACGAUCUACCGCGCCUACAACACUUUUGUCUCUAUGCAAACAGGUAAGGCCAUGGCCUCACCCAUCCACACUCCCACAUCAAUGUCCAGUAAUCACAACCAUUUGUCAUUUGUAGGAAACACUAUCUUCGUCGGACUAGGUGCAUCGCACCAAAACCUCCGUGCGUAUGGCUGGGCACGCUCGCUCACAUCCAUCGGAUGUUUCAUCGUCGGAUCCUUCAUUUUCGCACGCCUACAUCGCUUUUUUGGCGCUCGGCAACGCAGGUCGUUGAUGCUGUCUUUCGUAUUACAGGCUAGUAUAAUCCUACUUACGGCUGGACUGGUUCAAGGAGGUGCCAUCAGUAGUACGUUAGACAGCAAAGGAUCGCAGGCAAUACCCCCCUGGGACCAGGAAGUCCCGAUUGUUCUCCUGAGUCUCCAGUCUGCCGGUCAGAUCGUAGCGAGUCGUGCCAUGGGAUUCAAUGAGAUCCCGACCGUGGUGAUUACCAGUCUUCUCUGUGAUCUAAUGUCAGACCCCCAGCUAUUUCUUGUGAGGAAUGUGAAACGCGACCGUCGGAUCAUUGCAUUUGUGCUAACACUUGUGGGUGCCAUCGUCGGCGGAUGGGUCACCAAGGUCACUGGGGCGAUUUCUCCUAUCCUCUGGCUAUCGGCCGGCAUCAAGGGCGUUCUUGUUUUAGCCUGGGCCUUUUGGAAAGCUAAAUAG